AUGAUACCCAAGUGUAAGGCAUACAGCCCGCAGCAUUUGGGUGCCGGAUCGGGAUUGCAAUGCGAUCCCGAUCCCGAUCCGAUACCAUGGGAUCGGAUCACCCUUAGUGAUCCGAUCCCUUAUUUUUCGAUACCUGGUAUCGAAAAAUCGAUCCGAUCCGAUAAAUUGGCCGAUACCGUAUCGGAUCGGAUCUGUUUCACCGUUAUUCAGAUGAUUGAUUGCAGCACCAGCUACCGGCUAUUCUCACCCAGGGACUUGUCAAAACCUCAGGGGUCUUGGUCGUUGGUCAGUAGCAAACGUAAAUUCACGAUUUUGUUCCCAGCAGUCUCUACAAAUCUCAAGCAGUUCCGGGAGAUUGUGGCGACAGCGAGUGACAAACAGUUCCGUGGUGCCGGCGAUUUAAUUCGGAACGCGCUAUGCGGUCCGGAUUCCCGCAGACUGAUUGGAAGAUCUCAAUGA